AUGCCCCCCGCUGAAAACGCGAAGGCCCUCAACUACAUAGGCCAACUAGACGAGGCCCGCUGCAAUGGCCGCUGGGAUGUUCUGCCAGAGCUCGCGCGCAAGAUCGAGAAGCAUGCCUCACACCGCACCUGCAUAUACACGACCGCCCGCGCCGAGGCCCAAGUAGCCGCACACAUCAGACGACAACGCUCCGAGUCUGCUCCGCCCACGCCCACCACCCCGCCGCCUGAUCUUUCCUCUCUUAUCGACUCGUUGGCUGCUGCAAAGGACGGGGAGGGCACCCAUAAGCAGGACGUUUUCGCUGCUGAGACGUGUUUGGCUUGGAUACAUUGGGUCUUGGAUCAGCCCAAUGAGAGCCUGGCCACCCUACCAAGCAAUGUCCCCGAGACCAUCGACAAUUUGCGCCAUGGGGAUGAGUCCUUCACCGGCUGGACUCAGGUCUGCAUUGUCAAGGCUGCUUACCUGAAGGGGUCUGUCCAGGAGAAAAAGGGCGAGAUCGAUGAGGCUCGCAAGACCUAUGAAUCCGUCCUGCAUUUCGUGGGCUCCGAUAUUCUGAGCACUGCUUCCCUACAGUUCAAGACUUGGUCCGAGGCUCUCCUUGCCCGUUUAUGCAUACUUUUGGAUGUCAGUACGCCUAGCGAUCGACCCGAGGAUCUCAGCGCUUCUCUGCACGCUUUCCGGCUAUGGGAUCGCUUGAUGGAGAAUGGGAAGGCACAGUUUUCUGGCGACCCCCUGACCGACCCGCCGGACAUGAGACGUGCUGUUUGGAAGGCAUAUUACGAUACUCUCUCAAUCGUCCUUCGCCGGGGCCUCCUAUACAGUGGCUCGUCCGACCCCGACCAUGCGCUACUUGGCGAUGCUGCAGAGCAUGCUUCCGAAGAACAGUACCUGUCAGCAAGAUUACAGCAGCGUGCUGAACUGAAGCUCGCCGAGACGAUGUACGAGUCAUUGCUACUGAAAGAAAUACGGUUCCCGAAGGCGAGUGAAUCGAACGAAGAAGUCGACAAUUGGGCCGAGUCUGUCAUGAGCAACUGGCGAAUCAUGUGCGGACCUGCUUGGACGGACGAAGAGCUCGGAGAAGGAGGCAAAGCUGCUGUUGGCAAGGGUGUCCUUGAUAUCCUCUACCGGGCUGCAACGAAGUCAUACCAUUCAACACGCAUACUGCGGCAUCUUUUCAUUGUUCACGCCUCUCUAGCAGAAUUUGAUCUUGCUUUCAAGGCCUUUGACUCCUACGUGGAGAUCGUCAGCAGGGGUAAGGAUCGUGCAGAAAAAAGUGGAGAAGAAGACCCUGGUUUGGACGACGAUAAUACCGUCUUGCGCACCGCGGCUGAGGCGGUGAGAAUCCUCUGCCGUUUCGGCACGAGAAGACACGCCGAAAAGGCCAAGGAAGUCGGUGAGCAAAUCGAGAAGUGGUUGAAGCAACAGACGCCAGCGUCGAGGCCGGGGACUGCCACUUCCGAGGGCCCGCAUGGGAAGAGAUCGACCGAGAGCCUUCUGUCUCCUCGUGUGCUGGCAGUCGCAUACCGUGCGGUAGGUAUCAGUCGUGCCCACUGGGCAAGACUCACCUACGAAGCAACUGCAAGGUCAACUCUCCAGGCGCAAGCCGUUCAGGCGUUCCGGAAGGCAUUGCAUCCGGAGUAUCAAGAAACGACUAACCUCGAGACGUUGUACGCGCUGGGAUUGCUCCUUGCUGAGAUGCGGGACAUCAACGGAGCAAUCAAGGUCGUCAAGCGUGCUCUUUCUUCUAACUCCCGCGGUGAUGGCUUGAGGUCAGCCGACGGUGUUGCCAGCGAUGCCGAUGAAGACGUCAACUACGUCCAUGAGCGGAAACUGAUCCCUCUCUGGCACUUACUAGCACUACUCCUCACCGCAAAGUCAGACUUCAACAUGGCCGCGAAAACAUGCGACGCCGCCUUCGAUCAGUUCGACGAUCCAACUGUCCUCUUCGGCAACCAAGGUGAGGCCUUCCGCAGCGAACAUCUGAACGAGAGCUCUGCCGAUCUCGAGAAGUCACGGCGCAGUACGAGCAGGGGUCUUGUUGAUCGCAUGGAGUCGUUUGAGAAAGAGAGCAUCCUUCAAGUGAAGGUGACGCAAUUGAUGCUGCUCGAAGUCGUUGAAGGGACAACAGCUGCAGUUGACGCUAGUAUGGAACUCUUGGGCCUCUACAAAAGGCUUUAUGGAGACCCGACCGGUGCUAUCCAGCAGCCUGAAGCCGUAGACAUCUCGGUGCAAAACACUCCAGGCAAUCGCGCAAGUUUCUUCGGCAAGACCAAGACGCUCAGGAAGAACACCAUCACUCAAGAAGCAGCUCCUGCCGGGCGAAGAAGCACUUCAUCUCGGCCGUCUACGAACGCCACUGAAGGCGCACCUACAAUUCAGGUAACGGAUGAAUCUGGCAAACCCAACAGUCAUCAUCACCAUGGCUUAUUCCAUCACAAGCAUCACGAAAAGUCUAGCACCGGAAGCAUUAAGCUGCGAAAGAGAAGUGCGAGCAACGUCAAAUCGCCAGACUCGGCCGGCAAGGACUCAGAGAAGUCGGACGGCAUCGCGAAUGGAACGUCGCGUCGAGGAAGCGCACCGUCGAGCUCUGGCGCAGAGCAGCCCCUUCGACCAGUCCAACACAACAUGUCGCCCAGCAAGCAGCCGCCUCCGCCAGGCCACGCCGACCAACCGCCGCAACAAGACACUCGCCUGCCCGCUCCACCCCCCCAGGCUAGCUUCGCAGCAAUGGAGCCGCGCUUGCCAGUGCUGCAGGAGCGGAGACACACGACAUCGCUUCUGAUCGACGUGUGGCUCUUCAUUGCCGGGCUCUACGCGCGCGCUGCGCUGUUUGAAGACGCAAAGGGUGCGGUUGACGAAGCAUUCAAGCUUGCCGACAACCUCGAGUCGGAAAUGGCGCAAGAGCAAUCGAGCGCCAAGGCAUUUUUUGAAAGAGGAUGGGGUGGCGGGAAGAGCAUCGAAGAGCUGUGGGCAGACAUCUGGGCUGCUCGCGGCGAGAUUGCAGCGGCCGAAGCGGAGCCGCAUGAGGCUCUGGGACACUUUGAGAAGGGUCUUUCACACAACCCUGAUCACCCGGCAGCUGUGGUGGGCCUGUCAAAUAUCUUGCUUGACAUUUACAGCAAAGUCAUCCCGCCCGAGUCGGCGCAACGUGCAUCGGAGAGAGAAGGCCCCAGCGCCAAGGGUGUGAAGAGCAUUGCACCGCACCCUGAAGAGCUCAACCGACUUGCAGCAAGAGACCGGGCAUACAGCUUGUUGUCGUCGCUAACCAAGCUCGGGACGGGAUGGGACUAUUCCGAGGCGUGGUUCGCCCUGGCAAGAGCGUACGAGGAGGGCGGGCAGAUCCAAAAGGCGAAGGACGUGCUCUGGUGGUGCGUUGAACUGGAAGACAGCAAGGCGCUCAGGAAAUGGAGUUGCGUGGGGGUGGGUGGGUUUGUGCUUUAG